UCGUACGGGAAAGGUCUACUGUUGGGAUCUCAUUGGUAUUGCUUAAAAGAAUUGGCCUCAUGAUGAAGUUUGUGGUGGCGCUCGCAGUCCUGGCCGUGGCAGUCCUGGCGUCGGCUCGGCCAGACGUCCUGGACUUCGAGGGCGAGGAUCACCAGCACCAGCAGGAGGGAGACGCCGGGGAGCACGUGGAAGGGUCUUACAGCUGGACGUCCCCCGAAGGCGAGGAGUUCCACGUCCAGUACGUGGCCGACGAGGACGGCUACCGGGUGCUGGAGUCGAACGCCGUGCCCGUGAACCACGACGGGAUGGCGGCGGACGGCAACCAGGGAGCCUUUGGCGAGGAAGAAGGAGAAGGAGAUCUAACCUUUUUCCCACUUAUUGCGAACAAUAUUACGGUCCUGCAGUUUAAUGCAAAUAAAAAUCAGUUUGAGCACACAUGUGAUCUGUUGGUGUAA